AUGGCCCUCCUCUCCUCCCCCCUCCUCCUCCGUCUCCACGCCCUCACGCUCCUGGCCCUCUCCUACCUCCUCCUCCUUUCCCCCCUCCAACUCCUCACCUCCCCGGCCCUCACCCUCCUGGGCGAAUCCAUGCGCCUGCCCCCCGCCCUCUUCCAACCGGCCUUCAACCCGCUGACCGAAUCCUACAUCGCCCUCGCCCCUCCCACCACCGAACUCCUCGCCGCCAUCGCCCUCCUCCUCUCCACCCUCGCCCUCAUGCAGCUCCUCCUUGCCGGCGGCCUGGGAUUGCCGCAAACACUGCAGUUCAAGAAAUACGCCACCGCCGCCGCCGCCAAUAAAGAGUGGCGCGGGCAGUUCCCCAAUCUGGCGGGGCCGCAGGUCUCGCGCGCCCGGCGGGGCGAGGAUCUCGCGGUGCUGAGCGCGAGUCAGAAUGCCUGGAUGGCGCUGGCGGUGGUGCGCGUGGCGGUCGAGGGCGUGUUGGUCGCGUGGGUGUACGUGACGCAAGGGAGGAGGGAGGUGUUGGGCCGGGUCAGGGGCGUGGGGGGCACGAUGGGGCUGGGCGGGUUGGGCGCCGAGAGCAGCGUGGGUGCGAAUCUGGGGAAUCAGGUCGUGUUUAGUGUCGCGUUGGCGGAUAUGCUGUUUUGGGGGUAUUUGUGGACCGUCGUGAGGGAGGAGAGGAGGAGCGUCUUUAGGGAGGCGCAGGAGUGGCAGGCCGCGGAGGAGGCGAAGGAUGAAUGA